AUAUAAAACCCAGAGCUCAGUGCAUUCUGUGCAACUCCAAGCUUGAAGAAGCAAUUAAACAGGAUCUACUCAAAUAUUUCAGCACACUAGCCUUUUACAGCAACUGUAAUAACCAUGGUACUGGAGGACUCCGAGAGCAGCGUCUUUGAGCUGGACAUUACUGAGGAUGAUGUGGAGACCUCCUUUGGAAGGGUGCAUUGCACCAUGAAGGGUGUCCCGAAGGGCAACCGUCCCACCAUCCUGACCUUCCAUGACAUUGGACUGAACCAUAAGAGCUGUUUUGAGUCAAUGUUUCAUCACAAAGACAUGCAUGAGAUCUUGCAACACUUCGCUGUGUGCCAUGUUGAUGCCCCGGGACAGCAGGAGGGUGCCAGCACGCUCUCCACUGACUAUACCUACCCUUCAAUGGAUCAGCUUUCUGAGAGCCUACCAAUGGUCCUCAAUCAUUUUGGUCUGAAGAGUGUGAUUGGAAUGGGGGUCGGAGCUGGAGCCAAUAUCCUCGCCCGCUUUGCACUAAAACAUCCAGACAUGGUUGAAGGUCUUGUUCUGAUUAAUAUGAGCACUCAGGCAGAGGGCUUCAUGGACUGGGCAGCACAAAAGAUUACAAGCUGGACUCACGCUCUCCCUGAUACUGUCAUUUCACACCUGUUUGGGAAGGAGGAGAUCCACAACAAUCACGAACUGAUCGCAACCUUCCGUCAGCUCAUCACGAACAACAUUAACCAGUCCAACCUGCAACAGUUUGUCAAGUCCUACAAAAGCCGAAAGGAUCUGGAGAUUGAGAGACCUGUACAAGGAGGAAACGUUAAUACAAAAACCCUGCAGUGUCCAGCUUUGCUCAUAGUGGGUGAUAAUUCCCCAGCUGUGGAUGCUGUAGUUGACAGCAACUCCAGAAUGAAUCCAACAACGACCACUUUUCUUAAGAUGGCUGACUGUGGUGGCCUGCCUCAAGUUGAUCAGCCUGGCAAACUGAUUGAAGCUUUCAAAUAUUUCAUCCAGGGCAUGGGCUACAUGCCCUCUGCCAGUAUGACCCGUCUGGCUCGAUCUCGUACGGCCAGUAACUCCUCCAACCGAACCCGCAGCGGCACAACGGACGAGCAGCGCGGACGUUCCCACACCGAUGUGUCCAUGGAAAGCGCCUGUGUGGAGCACAGUUCAUCGGGUCACUCAGUUUCCGUCGAGUUGACCUGCUGAACUUGAAAACACGCCUCAGCAGUUUAAUCUGGAAUCAGAAGCUGAUUAAAAUGUUUCAACAUUGGUGUUUAUCACAAGGGAUAUUACAGUAGCGAUAGCCCUCAAAGAGCAUACAUUUUACACAUAUGGCUACUUUAAAUAUCCUAUUCUGAACCAUUGAACAGUUGUUUUCCUACAAUGUGCAAUAUGUAAUAUUUUAUACUGAUUGUGUAAAGAGGGCUUAUUUUACAUGUACAGUUUGCUGUGAGAAAGUAUAAGCUAGUUGUGUAUUUUAAAAUGAGGAGUGUGUAUGUGAAUGAAUGCCUGGGGGAGUUUUUUUUAUACACAAUUUAUUACUGCAUUAACUCACCUGUAAUUGAUAGUGUCAUAUGCCUGAUAGUAAUGUUUAGUGUUAGUUUAGAAAGACAGCUGUUUACAUCACACUUGACAUUUCUGAAUCAUUUCUGGUUGUGCAAGACUUCAGUGAGAUUUAUAUGAAUGUAGUAAGAUUGUAUUUUACUGUAUCAAUAAAAUAUAACUAAUAACCUAUAAA